UUUUCACUGCCUGAAAUUACGCGAGAUUUGAGAACAGGUUGCGAGAGCACAGAUGGAUUGUGACGCUAGGCACGACGCACGACGGGUCGGAACAAACCUGCAUCGGGAAAAAUCCUUAUGAGUUGAUCCCACACUGACAGUCCGCAGAUUUUACCCUCGCCCUUGUGUUUGCACGACUUCGUAUUUGGACAGACUUGCACGACUGCAUUGAUUUGAUGCACAGAAGCACAUUUUAACCACCGGGCCUGCUUUCGUACUCGCCUUGUAGUUUGUAUUUAAUUUUGGAAGACUUCCGACCAGCAAUCAAAGGAGAACAGAAGUUUCUACGCGGUUGUUUGUUGCCGUGGUGGGUCGUGCGACUUGGCAGGAAUGUCCCAGAAGGAUAGACCCACUUUCUACCGACAGGAGCUUAACAAAACAAUAUGGGAAGUCCCGGAGCGGUACCAGAACCUGUCGCCUGUAGGCUCGGGGGCUUACGGAUCAGUGUGCUCCGCCUAUGAUGUGAAGAUAGGGCUGAAGGUGGCGGUAAAGAAGCUGUCCAGACCAUUCCAGUCCAUCAUCCACGCCAAGCGGACGUACCGCGAGCUGCGCCUACUCAAGCACAUGAAGCACGAGAAUGUGAUCGGCCUCUUGGAUGUGUUCAGCCCCCAUGUCACUCUGAAGGAGUUUAACGACGUGUACCUGGUGACGCACCUGAUGGGCGCCGAUCUCAACAACAUCGUCAAGUGCCAGAAGCUGACGGACGACCAUGUGCAGUUCCUCAUCUACCAGAUUCUCCGCGGGUUAAAGUACAUCCACUCUGCAGACAUCAUCCACAGAGACCUGAAGCCUAGUAACCUGGCAGUAAACGAGGACUGUGAGUUGAAGAUUCUGGACUUUGGUCUGGCGCGACACACGGACGAUGAGAUGACCGGCUACGUGGCAACGCGCUGGUACCGGGCGCCAGAGAUCAUGCUCAACUGGAUGCACUACAACAUGACAGUUGACAUCUGGUCGGUGGGUUGCAUCAUGGCGGAGCUGCUGACUGGACGAACCCUCUUCCCUGGAACAGACCAUAUUGACCAGCUGAAGCUUAUCAUGAUGCUGGUGAGGACGCCUUGCUCAGAACUCUUGAUGAAAAUCUCUUCAGAGUCUGCGAGAAACUACAUCAACUCACUCCCCCAAAUGCCAAAAAGGAACUUUGCAGACGUGUUCAUUGGGGCAAACCCAACAGCCGUCGACCUGCUGGAGAAGAUGCUGGUGCUGGACACGGAUAAGCGGAUCACGGCGUCUGAGGCCCUGGCCCACCCGUACUUCGCCCAGUACCACGACCCGGACGACGAGCCUGAGGCAGAGCCGUAUGACCAGAGCUUUGAGAGCCGCGAGCUGGAGAUUGACGAGUGGAAACGGCUGACGUUUGAGGAAUUGGUCAGCUUUGUCCCUCCGCCCCUCGACGAAGACGAGAUGGAGUCGUGAGGGAGGGAGAGACGUGACGUCAUGCGUGGUCCAGUUCCCUCUCGCCGGCCGCAGAGGACACUGCCCCCCACUGGACCAAUCUCCCCACCCCCCCCCCCUCUCCCCCAACAGGAACACAAACAGGAAAUGGAUGAUCUCAAAGUGCCUGUAGCUGAAUCGUCAGCUGUGGGUCCCUCCGUAGGUCAAAGGUCAAACAAGGCAAUAUCUUCGGCUCCUCCCCUUACCUGUUAUGAAAUGUGGGUUUGAAAACAAACCUCAAAAUAGAAACCGCUUCGAUCGAUAUACUGACGCACGGAGGACGCAGAAGACAUCUAACGUGAAUGCUUUUUCUGAAUUAGCAAAUACACGGACAGCCAUGACAAUACAGAACUCGGGAAGGAAAUUUUGACAUGCAAAGCAAAUAAGCAGAUGCUAUUUGUUGUGCACAGUGUAUAGCCUAUGCCUGCAUAGGUUGGGGUAUGAGUUCUCCCAAAAAGAGACUUUUGGAAGCAGCGCUUAAGAAUUUUCUCCAGGUUUUCUAGUUUUCCGUCUUCAGUCAGAGCAGAGCUGUGUCUGCCGUCUACUUGCAUGUUCCAGUGUUCGAGCCGUGUAAAUAAAUACCUUAGCAAGCACUCGUGUAAAUAAGUUAUGACAGACGGCCAUCGUUACCAGUCACUCUGCCAAGGAACGUCUCUCCUGCCUCUAGCCUCUCACCGCUCCGACACACACACACACACACGCACACACACACUCUCUUUUGCCCAGUUUGUGUCUUUCUAUGACCUCAGUUCUAAAAGAAUGUCGGCUCAAAUGCCCGCCAGUCAAUCAAUUUCACAAUCAAGAAUGUCAUCUUUUUAUUUGGAAUUUGGAGAAUGUAGACCAUUUCCAGUUUUACUCUAGCAAAUUUUAAACAUAGCCUGACCAUGAGCUGGCUGCUGUCUGUAGUCCAGCCACCCCGCUCUAUAUCCGUGCUCUAGAACAGGAAUGACCUAAGAGAGCCGCAUGAGUUGAUGAUACGAAAGCUACUGACCUUACAGCAGGUGAGCUUAGUCCAGGUUCCGCAUGAGUUGAUAUACAAAAGCUAGUGGCCUUACAGCUGCUGAGUUUAGUCCAGAUUCCAUUUGACAUGAUCUACAUAUCUAAUCCUCUGCUGGGGAGAAGCUGUCUGUCCCUCUUAGUUUAACCUCCUCUCAGUGUCCCAGAAGUCUCCAGGUGAAUGUGCGUCCCAGUCCACUGGCUAAAGCAAGGCCGCUCUGUCCUCUCCACUCUUCCUGCUCCCUUUCUCUGCAACUUCUUUAUUUGUUUUGUUGAAUGAAAAGAACGGAGAAUAUGCAGUUGCAUAGGUUGCCCUCUCGACCUAUAGGAACUUCUAAUCCUGAUUUAGAAUGGCAAAGUGAUUCUUUUUAAAAUGUUAAUUAUUUUAUUCUAUUUUAUUUCAUAUUUCUGUUUUUGUGUAAUCCACAUGUUGUUCCGUUUGAAGAAAAGUGUGUGAUACCGUUUGUAUAUUUAGACGAAUGGAUUUUGUUCCACUGUAGAAACAGCUGUCAGCAUGUGUAUGAGCCAGUGAUCAGACAUCUGUGGGGGCCCUCCAACAGAAGCACUCAAUACCAGCAGAAUCCCCCGUUCCAGAUCACCUCAGCCCACAGCAGGUUCCCCACAUCCCCUCGUUCUGCACAACAAACACCCCCACACCAGGACUGCCCCCCAUAAACACCCCCACACCAGGACUGCCCCCCACUCCAGGACUGCCCCCAACAAACACCCCCACACCAGGACUGCCCCCCACAAACAACCCCCUCUUUUUACAUGUGUUUAAGUUUAUUCCCAAAUGUGGAUUCCUCAUGGACUGGUAUUACGUUGAACCUCUGAGAAGCAAUAUCGGUAUGGAGCUUGGCUCGUUCUCCCUCUGUCCCUCUCUCUCUCUCUGUCCCUCCCUCUUUCUUUCUUUCUCCUCUUUCUCUCUCUUUUUCUCUCUCUCUCUCUCUCUGAGUGUGUGGAAUUGUUUUACUGUUUAUGGGCACAAGUUUACAGGGCUCCAAAGGGUUCGUAUUGAAAUUGACGUCACAUAAUUGGAAGACCUGUCCACAUCGUAUUUAUUACAUGGUGAGACAAGCCAGGUCUGCCAUAUAUUAAUGUGAUAUAUAUAUAUACAGUGAUUCUUUUCUUUUUGUUGCAAAAUGAAAGAGCGUCUUGUCCUUGUCUUGUUGUUUUGUGCCCUGUGCACACAAACAAUUCUCAGUCUACCAACAACACAGGUAACGCAAAACCACUGCAUAAAAUUAAUAAAUAAAGGCAAUUAUUUUUCAGAA